AGGGGGUACCAAAAUAUUUUCUCAUACAAAUGCAAAGCACGUCGUAGUUUAAACUAAAGAUUCAUAGAGAAGUUAGUUCUUCAAUGGCUUCCAAUCUCCAUUUUUGCAACAAUAACCAAAAGAGUCAAAAAGUUGUAGUAGUAAUGGUCCCUUUUCCAGCACAAGGCCAUCUUAAUCAACUUCUUCAACUCUCUUGCCUCAUAGCAUCUUACAACAUACAAGUCCAUUAUGUAAGCACAAAAACACAUAAUCUUCAAGCAAAACUUAGAGUUCAUUGCUUUGACUCUAUUUCCAAAAUUCAUUUCCAUGAAUUUUCUACUCCAAAUUUCAUCUCUCCCUCUCCAAAUCCAAAUUCUCAAAUUAAAUUCCCAUCCCAUCUUCAGCCUUCAUUUGAAGCAUCCUCUCAUCUAAGAAAGCCUGUGAAAAAACUUCUUCAAACUCUUUCGUCCAAAAAUCGGAGAGUCAUUAUAAUAAAUGACUCUUUAAUGGGAUCAGUGGUUCAAGAUUUUGUGUCAUUACCAAAUGCAGAGGCUUACACUUUCCACAGUGUGUCAGCUUUUACUCUUUUCUUGUUCAUAUGGGAGAAAAAAAACAGGCCUUUUCCGAUCGACGCAGAAAUGUUGAAUGAACUUCCUACCCUCGAGGGUUGUUUUAGUCCUGAAUUCGAGAGAUUUAUGAAAAUAGAAUAUGACUCUAUGAAGUUUAACUCGGGCAAGAUUUAUAACACAUGCAGAGUCAUAGAAAGUCCUUUUCUUGACUUGCUGUCAAAAGAACUGAUCGAUAACAACAAGAAACAAUGGGCUCUUGGCCCGUUUAACCCUUUGACAUUUCCCAAAAAAGGGACCAAUACCAGAAGCCACAAUUGCUUACUUUGGCUCGAUAAACAAGAACCAAAGUCGGUGCUAUACGUGUCCUUUGGUACCACAACUUCGUUUUCUGACGAACAAUUCGAGGAAAUGGCGAUUGGUUUAGAACAGAGCCAGCAAAAGUUUGUUUGGGUGUUGAGAGACGCCGAUAAAGGGAAUGUUUUCACCAAAGAUUCAAGAAAGUUCAAAUUGCCAAAAGGGUUCGAGGAGAGAGUUAAAGAAAGGGGAAUUUUGGUAAGAGAUUGGGCACCGCAAUUGGAAAUAUUGGGACACGUGUCAACAGGUGGAUUCUUGAGUCACUGUGGAUGGAAUUCGUGCAUAGAGAGUAUAUCAAUGGGAGUGCCAAUAGCUGCAUGGCCAAUGCAUUCUGAUCAACCAAGAAACACAGUGCUAAUAACAAAGAUUCUUAAAAUUGGUCUUCUUGUUAGAGAUUGGGCUCAUAGAAAUGAAUUGGUAAAAUCAAAUAUAGUGAAGAAAUGUGUGGAGAAGUUAAUGGCAUCAAAAGAAGGAGAUGAGAUGAGGGACGGAGCAAAAAAUUUAAGUGUAGCCAUUAGAAAGUCAGUGGGAGAGGGUGGAGUUAAACGCAUGGAAUUGGAUUCAUUCAUUUCUCAUAUUACAAGAUACUAGAUUUUGAUCAAGAUCAAGAAUUUUCAUGAAUCUACAAGUAAUAUUGUAUCAAAAUUCCAUUAGGAUUCUACUUAUAUAUGUUGAGAGUGUACAAAAAUUUUAAGCUAUCAAUAUAAUUUACAACAUGUUAUUAUAAUUGUUGCUUGUUUUAUUUUUCAGAUAGCUAAUUUCAUUUAUUAUGAACAUUUAUGUAUGGUUAUCUUUCUUUUGUUUUUGUAUGUCAUC